AUGAUCUUCGGCGGUCUCGAGAUAGUCGCAGGCGGCUACCUGCUCCACCGGCAUUACCGCAAAAAGAACCAAGCAAAUACGGCUGAAAACGAUUCUCAGCAAAAAAGACAUCACACCUUUCCCGGUGCAAUCUGCGCGAAACAGCAGCAGCCCCAGCAACUUCAACAGCAAUAUCAACAACAGCAUCACAACAUCCAACACCCACCACAACCACCCCAACACCACCAACCAACCCUCCCACACCAAAAAUACGCCUACUACGCAAUAGCACCCCAACCCCGUCCCCAGCUCUAUACUCCCCAAACCCUCCAUCCCCAGGACUUCCACCACCACAGCCAACACCCACCACCUCAACCCCCGCACCAGCGCCCUUGUCCUCCCUCGCAAACCCAAAGCUUCACCAUCCCGCGCCGCCCCGUCCCCCAGCGGAAACCCCAAAUAAUAAUCCAGCCCUCGCUCCAACGUACCGACUCCUUCGCCACCCUCUCCCGCAUGCCCAUCGCCAACGGCUCGCGGCCACACGAUGUGUGCGAACAAAGUCCCACCUGCAUGACACCUACUGCCGGUGGAGGCCUCGGAGUAGGAGGCGGAGUAUAUGGGAACCAGGGAUACUCGAUGUCGACACCUGCGUUUGGUGCGACGGCUACGUCGCCGGGGUUGACGUACGAGAUGGCUACGGCGGAGCAGGUGGAGGGGUGGGAGAGGUAUGGCAGGUAUGGGGAGGAGAGGGAGGAGGCGAGACCGCAUUAUGCGCCGACUGUUUCGACGGAGUUGGGGGAGCGCGAUGUGGCGCCUCCGCCGUAUGUGCCUUGA